CCCCUCGAGCGGCCAUCUUGGAAGCCGAGCGACGGUAGCAGCCGAGAAGCUGCGGCGGGUGCGGUGGGGCCGAGUCCCGGUGCGGGUGCGGCUCCUAGAACGGCCCCCCCUCUUCCGCACCCUGCUCUGGCGUCGACCACGGCGAAGCUGAACGCGGCGGCGGCCUCAGGGAGAGGUGCUGGGCGCUCGCUCGCGGGCUGCGCGGGGCCUAGGGCCCGCUCGUUCGCCCCGCCGGAGCCGGCCGCAGCGGCGGGCGGGGACUCGGGGGACUCCGCACGGCGGGUCCGGUUCGUUACGUCGCCUGCUGUGCCCCGACCCGGACCGGAGCGUCCCUUCGCGGACCCGAGGUGCUGGGCAAGUUGAGCUCUCUGGCCCACAUGGCUUCUGAAGCCAAGAACUUGGGGACAGUGCUUUCUGGAAGCAUUUCUUGGCCAUGCUGGACUGUAACCUUGUUCCUGGUGUGAGCAUUCUUGGAAGCAUCAGGCAAAAGCCCUUGAUUCUGCCAGAAAGAUGAGCAAUAACAGCAAUAAGAGAGCUCCAACAACAGCAACACAAAGGUUGAAACAGGACUACCUUCGAAUUAAGAAAGACCCGGUGCCUUACAUCUGUGCUGAGCCCCUCCCUUCAAAUAUUCUUGAAUGGCAUUAUGUUGUCCGAGGUCCUGAGAUGACUCCUUAUGAAGGUGGCUAUUAUCAUGGAAAACUAAUUUUUCCCAGAGAAUUUCCAUUUAAACCUCCAAGUAUUUACAUGAUAACCCCCAAUGGAAGGUUUAAGUGCAACACAAGGCUGUGUCUCUCCAUCACAGAUUUCCACCCAGACACAUGGAAUCCGGCGUGGUCUGUCUCCACCAUUUUAACAGGGCUUCUGAGCUUCAUGGUGGAGAAGGGCCCAACCCUGGGCAGCAUAGAGACAUCGGACUUCACGAAAAGACAGCUGGCAGCACAGAGUUUAGUGUUUAAUUUAAAAGAUAAAGUCUUUUGUGAAUUAUUUCCUGAAGUUGUGGAGGAAAUUAAACAGAAACAGAAAGCACAAGAUGAACUAAGUAGCAGGCCCCAGAACCUUCCCUUGCCAGAUGUGGUUCCUGAUGGGGAGAUGCACCGUGGCCAGAACGGGAUCCAGCUCCUCAAUGGGCAUGCACCUGCUGCCGGCCCGAACCUCGUUGGGCUCCCACAGGCCAACAGGCAUCAUGGACUCUUGGGCGGCGCUUUGGCGAACUUGUUUGUUAUAGUUGGGUUUGCGGCCUUUGCCUACACGGUCAAGUAUGUGCUGAGAAGCAUAGCACAGGAGUGAGGCUCAAGAGCCGCAGUCGACAGUUGCUGCUGAGGGACGCAGGGGCCAGAGCUUGGUGCAGGCGGAAUGGACAUGCUGCUGAGCACAGGAUGGCCUGCUGGACUCCUGGGCUUCACUUUUUAAAAACCUUAAAAAGAAAGCAAAAACCAAAAUGUGUGAUUGGGAGAUUGGAGAUUCUUACCUCCCUCCAGAGGCUGAUGUGGACAAGGGCCACUCACGCUUUGGUUUUAUUGCUUAUCUCCUGUGUUGUCUUUUGGACCUGUUUAGUAAACCUGUUUUUUUUUUUUCCAUUUUAUUAGAUUUCGUCACUUAAAAAAUAUAAAACUUUAAUGCCUAUCGAAUAAAUACUCUGUGUGUGUUCUUAGUGGAGGAGCUGAAGGCUUCAUGAUGGGGCCAGUGCUGCAAACCUCCAGUGGGGCUGAGUGGGGUAACAACCCUAGUUGGGGUCUAGGAGAGAAGUGAUUUGGCCUCAUUGUAAAACUCUGCAUAUGAAUGGGAAAAACUUUGAGAAAAUGCUUGUGCUGUUGUUAAGGUAGAAGAGUCAGCUUGCUCUCCCUGACCACAAACAGUGGCUGAGGACUCCAGUGAAGGCUUGGGCCGGUGGGGGAUGGUCCUGGUAUUACUGUCAGCCUUAAUACCUGUCCCUUCUUGCCGUAGAUGCUUGACUCUCCCUUAUGGCCAACAUCUUACCUUUUUAAUGUUUGUGUUUAAUGUAUCUGCAGUAGUUGUAUGGAAAGCUGACAUCUGUAAGGUACCAGAUGGAGGCAGUGACAUUGUAUAGAACAUCAGCCAUCACCAGGGGACCCAAAGAGACUCCUAAACCAACCUCAUUUUGGAGACCAGUGGUGAAGCUGAAGUGUAACCUGCGUGAUCGUUUUGGUUUAGUUCUGUAAUUUGUGAUUAGUAUAUGCCCUCUCCUGAAAAUGUUUUAGUUAUACCUUCAUUCUUAAACGCCAUGCUACCAGUGUUAAUGUUCUUCCCUGGUAGACUGAGCAAGAGUAACACCUGGCUUUGGGGAGGGGUAUGUCGCUGUUGCCAAAAGGUGGAUUGAUAAUCCAUGCCUGGGCCUGGGCCUGUGAAACCUGCGGCUAUUGGCUGAGAUGUGUCUAUGCAUGGCGUGGUGGCAGUAGGUGGAGCCCUGUAGACUUGAACUUCCUUUAGCACUAGAUCUCAGUUCUUCCCUGGCUGUGUAGUACUCUGUUGCACCUGGGUAACUGUUUAACAUCAGUUCCAAAAUUGCCUUGUUUCCUGAAGUUCUUAUAAGGCAGAAUGUUAGUUUACUUAACAUGUAGUGUUGUCUGUAUGUGAAAUCUUAAUUUAUUAUUAUUUAUUUCUGAGACAGGGUUUCUUUGUGUAGCCC